CUUUUGUCCGUUUCGACGAAAGAGUCAUCGAUCAGUCGCUCGCUGCAAUUCCCUCUGCACUGGCUCAAAUCCCACAUCUCUGCCUAGUUCCUAGUAUCAACCACGGUCCCUCCAUUUGUUUCCACUCCCAUUCCCACCCCUAUUCAAUUCAUUCAUCUCGAUUGCCUCCCUCAACUUCUGCCCGUGACCUCCUCUGGGCAUCAGAUUAUUACAAAUUCCCGCUUCCUACUACUGCGCUGUGCCUCCAGCUAGAGUGCGGGGUCGAUUCUCUUGGUUCUAAAUCGGGCUUCUUGACCUCCACGACUACUACUAACACACUGUCCUACCAACCCUUUCUCGACCUUCGUCCCCUUCAUCGUCGUACUUUCCACCCCCCAAGGGGACUUUGGAUGAGACCUGUGAUUUCACCAUCACGUCGAACUCAUGGGCGCAAUAGCGCCAUUUGCUCCCAACAGUUCAAGCUAGCUUGAAACCCCCAGUGGGCGGCAGCCAUGGAGGGCCACGACAUCACUCCCACGAAGUCCUUGGACCCGGUCAAUCACUCUUCCACCUCAUUGCCGCCAGACGAUUCCACCACGAACGACCAACAAGACCCAGACUCGCCUUCGCCAGACUCUCAAGACGAGGCCAACGUUAAACCAAACGCUCCCUUGCAGAAGCGUCGUAGAGUCACCAGAGCUUGUGACGAAUGUCGUAGGAAGAAGAUCAAAUGCGACGGCAAGCAGCCAUGUACUCAUUGCACCGUCUAUAGCUACGAGUGCACCUACGAUCAACCUUCAAAUCGCCGAAGAAAUCCCGCGCCCCAGUACAUUGAAGCACUGGAGCAGCGAUUGCACAAGGCUGAGGCUGUUUUGCGAUCUGUCCUCCCUGGCGUUGACCUUGACGAUCCCAAAUUUGAUGCCCAUUCAGUCGAUCAACUCGUCGAGGCCUCCAAGGCCGCAGCUCCACCCGCAAAACUGCCCGAACCCGCCAAGCCCGAAGAUGAUGCUCAGAUCCAGUCUAUGAUCGAUCGCACUGGUGCUCUAAACCUCGACGACUCAGGCAAUUGGGAUUAUCGCGGCCACUCAUCUGGCUAUGUCUUUAUGCGCAAGUUCAGAGCUCAGUUCGGAGACGAAUAUUUGCCCGACACCGACAAAGCCGCGACGGCCAAGAAUCGUGCCAUCUCCCACGUCCUCGAGUCUCCUCGAUCCGCUCAUUCUUCGCCCUACGAGUUCGGCCUCCCUGCACCAGUUGAUCUGCCACCCCGUGAGGUGGCUGUCGAAUUGUGUCGCAACACCAUCGACGACUGCUGUGCAUUGAUGCGUCCAAUUCAUCGACCCACAUUCUUCAAGCGCCUACACGCAGUCUAUGAUACAGAACCCGAACAUUUCAACAACACCCAUGUCCAGUUCUUACCUCUCUUAUACGUCGUCAUGGCUGUAGGUUGCAUGUUCUCCAAGACUGAGAAUGCCCAGACCAUGCUCGAUAUAAAGGGUUAUAAAGAAGCCAUGGAGCAGGGAUAUCAAUUCUUCAACACUGCCAAACAAAUGCUCGACAUAACCGAUUGUCGCGAUUUAAUGUCAUUACAAGCUGUCCUCUUCAUGAUCCUUUUUCUCCAGUCCUCUGCCAAGCUACCCACCUGUUAUGCUUAUAUUGGAAUCGCAAUGCGGGCCUGUUGUCGUUUGGGCCUGCAUCGCCAUAUUCCCAACAAAUUUAAUCCAAUCGAGGCAGAAGAAAGAAAGAGGAUGUUCUGGCUGGUGCGAAAGAUGGAUUCGUACGUUGGUGCUGUACUCGGUCUCCCUCAGAUGUUGAGCGACGACGACAUCGACCAAGAAUAUCCCACUGAGGUGGAUGACGACUACAUCACCAGUGAAGGCAUUCGACCAAUGCCCGCGGGUUCAUUUCCUCUGCUCAAGGCCACAAAUGCACACACCAAGCUAACCAACACCCUCCGCAGGGUUGUGCAGUACAUCUACCCCUUGAAGGAAAUCACAGGAACAUCCCCCGACAAACGUUAUAGUAUUAGCCACAAACGAAUUCGAGAGCUUGAGCGAGAGCUUCAGGCCUGGAUGGACGAAUUACCUAUGGAGCUACGCCCCUCCGAGAACGCCAGCAAAGAUUUAUCGAGGGUGCAACAACUUCUACGCAUAUCAUAUGCCCAUGUCCAGAUGAUGAUAUACCGACCUUUUAUUCACUACGUUUCAGCAUCAUGUCAGUCGAAAAACGUCGACAAGCGGAGUUUUGCCUGCGCCGCUGCUUGCAUUAGUGUCGCCAGAAACAUAGUCCACAUCACGAGCGAAAUGAAACGACGGGGAUUGCUCGUAGGCUCCUAUUGGUUCGUCAUGUACACCACCUACUUUGCCAUUCUAUCUCUCGUCUUUUUUGUCAUCGAAAACCCCAACAGCCCAACCGGGCAAGACAUCCUCAAAGAUGCUGUGGAAGGAAGAGACACUUUGGCCAGCUUGGCCAAACGUAGCAUGGCAGCCGAUCGAUGUACUGCCAGCCUCGUUGGUCUUUUCGAUGUCCUACCGGAAAAACUCAAAGAGAAGAGAAGUUCCCUGAAACCAACACCAAGCACGUCUCGCAAACGGCCUCCCCCAACCCCAACCGCUGACGACACACACACCACACCACAGAACAUCCCCACCCCAACCAGUCUGCGCGAAAAUAUGGGCACACCCCUCCGUGCCAGAACUUUCCCAUCCGACUUUUUGGCUAAGCUGGCGAAACGUAAUUCGAUGCCAGAUUCCAAUAUCUUUACAAAUUUCGGAGAAGCGUCGGGCCAUGUCCCUCAGAUCGUCGGACUUGCCAGCCCAUCAGCCGCGUCUCCCAUGUCCGCGUCCUUUGACUUUACCCCUCAAAUGGGAAACGCUCAGCUUCCAGAUCUGAAAAAUGUCAUGUUUCCCAGCGACAACCCGUUUGCAUAUCCAAAUCAACCAAUCAGUACCCUCGAGUCUGGAGAUGGGCAGUAUGCUUUCCAGGACCAAGGCAUGGAUAGUUAUGGGGGCACGAGUGAACACAGUAUGUACGACACGCCUCAAUCGGGUAGCCAGAGCAGCAUGCAACCACUACCAACCUCAGCGCCUAAUUUUGAGCUCUCCUAUCAUCAAGCGCUCAACGAGCCAUCCAUCCUAACGAAUCCUUAUGGCGGCCCAGGCGGCCAGUUUGGAACACCACUCACGGACGUUCUAAUGCAGAAUGCCAUUGGGACUGAAGCGGGACAUUUUGGGGUCUGGCAGGGUCAAGGCCAUGGACACGGACAAGGCCAGGGGCAAGGGCAAGUUCAGGGCCAUGUCCCAAUGGGCAUGGGGGAUCUAAACGGGGAGAAUCUGGAUACAGCUUCAACAGACGACCAAUAUUGGGGAAGUCUCCACAAGGGAGACGUGGGAGGCCUCAAGUCGGGUUACCAACCGAUGGAGGACACCAAUGGGAUCAAUAACAACGGCGGCGGCAUUAAUGACAUGUUUACUUCGGAUCCUUGGAUGCCUUCUUGGGAGCAAACAUAUGCCACGAAUCCGCAGUGACAGCGUGUCACACCACCAGGAGUAUAAAGGUGGAAAGAAAAAACGAUCUAUGGUCUCUUCAUUGAGUGGUUUGUCCCACUUCAGAUUCUUGUUCUCUAUGUUUGGAGAAACAGAGAAGGUGGUGUGGUGUAUACGACCCCCAAAGAUGCAAGUCUACAGAACAGGGCAUUAAUAGGCGACCAAAACGGGCCUUGAGCGUCGGCAGAAGGGAAUUGAAAUUUUGUGUACAUGAUGCGCAAGGGAUUGGGUCCAUAGACGCAGAUCUUAUAUGACGAAUAACGGGAAUGAUAAAGUUGCGGUAGUGUUAGAGGUUAUGGAUGGGUUGGGUCUCAGCAGCAGGCAGGGGCUUUGUACAUCUACAACAUGUUUAGAAAUUUCUCAAGGCAGUGCAGUUGGGCUACUCAGUGUCAAUAUUGCAAUGUCAAAAGCCAUAGGCCUGUCAGUGCUGAAGAAUGGAUGAAGAUCUUAUGUGAGUCACGUGUGGAGGCACAACGGCGAGUCAAUUCUUGCAAUUUCUUGCCUUUUGCCUUUUGGAUAUGCCAUUUUACCGAUAUUCUAAUAUCGCUACUACCUAUGUAGAUGUAUAAGGGUGAUGAUGUUAAGCAGUCGUGACUC